AUGCUAUUCAUAUUCCUACGAAUAGCUAUUCUUCAAGGUGUUGUUGCGUCGACAAUGGAUUUUUCUUUUAAUCGACUGUUAAAAACGAAUCAGUACAUCAUCAUAUCACAGCAGCUGUGCCAAACAAAGGUCGAAUCUCAUGUUAACGAUCAAACCUGUCCGAGAUCGUUUAUUCCUAUUUCUAGCGAAGUGCAGAAAUCGAUUCCUGUAUGUGACUCUCCCAUUCGUGUCCAUCUUAUUCGUGAUCCUGAGCGAAGACGACCGCCUCGAGCUCUUUACGUUGGACGCCAUCGCAACGGGCAAACAAUUGCAUUUAUUGAAGACAUAGUGGCCCCUCGUUUACCAUCUUUCAACCGCACAUCAAAUAUUUAUUCUCGUCUCAUAGACUUCGGAAGCAGACCGCACAAGUACAUGAAUCAGUACAAUACGGAUUUCACGCUGUACGAUCAUGUAUAUCAGCUGUUCUACCUAGUCAAUCAUGAUUCCACUGCUGCGCAGCACUGUGCCGUUUUACGCUUGUCAAAUCUCUUUCCUGGUGAGUUGUGA